UUCCGGGAGGAGCCGGCAUUGCGGAAGCUGGGCGUGCGUAAGGCUUAUGCUGCGGCUUUCUGUCUGGCGGCCUUGGUCCGAGUCGGCUAGGCAUGAAGAUCACCAGGCAGAAACACGCCAAGAAGCAUCUUGGCUUCUUCCGCAACAACUUUGGAGUCCGCGAGCCGUACCAGAUCCUGCUGGACGGCACCUUCUGUCAGGCGGCGCUGCGGGGCCGCAUCCAGCUGCGGGAGCAGCUGCCCCGCUACCUUAUGGGGGAGACGCAGCUGUGCACCACCAGAUGUGUGUUAAAGGAAUUAGAAACAUUGGGAAAGGAUUUAUAUGGGGCAAAACUGAUUGCACAGAAAUGCCAAGUUCGAAAUUGUCCCCAUUUCAAGAAUGCAGUGAGUGGAUCAGAAUGUUUGCUUUCCAUGGUUGAAGAGGGAAAUCCUCAUCAUUAUUUUGUGGCAACACAGGAUCAGAAUUUAUCUGUGAAAGUAAAGAAAAAGCCUGGCAUUCCUCUCAUGUUUAUUAUUCAGAACACUAUAGUCUUGGACAAACCUUCUCCCAAAACAAUUGCCUUUGUCAAAGCUAUAGAGUCAGGUCAGCUUGUCUCAGUGCAUGAGAAAGAAAGUAUCAAGCAACUCAAACAGGAACAGGGUUUAGUGAAAAACCCUGAACAGAGAAGAAGAAAAAAGCGCAAGAAAAUAAGUGGCCCCAAUCCUCUUAGCUGUUUGAAGAAAAAGAAAAAACCAGAGGACACAAAAUCGCCUGCUUCUAAAAAGAAAAAAAAAAGAAUAAGAAUCCGGAACAGAUCUACCUCAGAAGUACUUUCUGAGAAGCAGAAUGCAGAAGGAUAAUGAA